GUGUUAAACCGCUGACCAUCGUGAGAAGACAUUUUUCACUAAUCGAAAAGCAAGAUGGCGGGCACCGCGAAGAAGACUGAUGUCGGUUUGUUCGAAGAGGACGACGAAUUUGAGGAAUUUCCUGCCGAGGAAUGGGCAGAGAAUGAUGAGGAUCAAGAAGAUCUCCAUGUGUGGGAGGACAACUGGGAUGAUGAUACACUAGAAGAUGACUUCUCAAAUCAAUUAAGGGCUGAGCUUGAAAAGCAUGGACAUAAAAUAGAGCAACCAGAGGCCAUGAAGACAUGAUUUCAAGCAAAAGAUCAGCCCGUUACAGACUGUCUUGUUUGUGAAAAGAUCUAUAUCAAUCUACUACUGUAUGAGUGUCUUUUUUUAUUAUUUAUGCUGCAAUGUAGUUCUCGAGAGGAAGUGAAUGUAUUGUAAUAUGUAAAAAAAGGAAAUAUGACAUCUUUCAUUAAUAAGUGAUUGCUUCUCUAUGCCAA